AUGCUAUCCAAGACGCUGAAGAGGACCUUGCUGGAGACGCCCUCACAGUGGCCGCCGACCUUCCUCCUCCCCUGGGCUGCGAAUCUGCCCACGAGAUCCUUCUCCCAAGUACCAGCACCGAAACGAGACGAAUCUCCUACAUCAGGUCCAGCCCCUGCCCACGGUCGACGAAUGUCAACGGCGAUCAGCGAGUCUCCCAGCGAGCCAAAGCCCCCACCACCCUCAAGGCCCUCAGCAAGCAAAGAGACCUCUUCUCAGCAGCCGUCUUCGUCGCUGAGCGAACUCUUACCUUUGCUGCGAUCCCAGGGCCCGCACUACAUCACACUUCACAUACAUGGCAAGCCGUACCUCGUGACUCAAGGCGAUACAGUUCGCUUGCCAUUUUUGAUGCAUGGGGUCGGACCUGGAGAUGUUCUGCGCUUGAACCGAGCCAUCAAUCUCGGAAGCAGAGAGUACACCUUGAAGGCCCCUGCUGCAUCGCCCAAAUUGAAGAGCCCGACAACUAGCACUGUGUCGGUCCUCGACCCGACCACCGGCUCACUACCGAGCCAUUCUCGCGUUAUGCCCUCCGCCUCUUUGGCUUCGUCACCCGCAGCUGUCUACGCACCCCACUACAUUCCGCAUAUCGCCAAAGGCAAGCAUUCGUACCUCGACGAGAAGCUCUUCGUUUGCCGAGCCGUGGUCAUGGGCGUUGAGAGUGAGCCAAUGCGGACUAAGGAAAAGACGAAGCGGAGACAACGGCAUAUCAAGACCGUCAAGAGCAAGCAUCGGUUCACGGUGCUUAAGAUCAAGGAACUUCGAAUAGAAAGCCCCGAGCAAAAUUGA